ACAAUUCCCGACCGCUGGAAAACAAAUAUAUCGCAAAAAAGUGAAUAUUUAGUUUUUCGGCAAUUACACUCUAAGCUGCAAAAUAAUUUCAUCAAAGUAGAAUGACAAACGAAAUGGCAGCAUAAUUUUAAGCGGCCGUCUUCAUCUGAUUCCCAAGUACAUAUUCGUGUGGCUGCGUGUGAUCUGUGUCGCUAACGCCCGAUAAUAAGAUUUAGCUCGGCAUAGAUUCCUUUCACAAUGCCUUUAGACGAAAUACCGAAUUAUUCAGAAAAAAUGCCAAAGCCUUCGGCUCCGAUAUCAUCCAUUAGCAAUAAUUCUUAUAAAGCAAGUAUUAACUCUUCCGAGCUACAUGAAGAUUUUGAAAUCCUACCUUCGGGCAGCCAUGUGCUGGCAAGAUAUCAAGGACAAAAGUGGAAUCAAUUCUUCGAUUUUGAUAAGAUUUUAAAGCAGAUACGUUUAGCUGAAAAGAUACACCUUAAAGGCAAAAAUAACACGGGCAGUGGUCAAAGCGACAGCAGUUCGCACUGUAAAAGCUCUAUCACUGGUAAUGGUAGUAAUUCAUCUCCUAGCAAAUCACGUAAACAUCAAGUUCGACAAGUGCAACGAUUAAAUGGCAUUGACAUGCAUUAUUAUGGGAUAGUGCCAAAGCAGACAGCUUUAGAUGUAGUGGUUUGCAACAUUUGCAUGGGCAUAUAUACAAAAAUAGGUUUCAAUAACCAUAUGCAGUUGCAGCACGCAUCUGUGUGGACUGGUGUGUCAACCAAAAUAUUACCAGUUACCGACUUGUGUUGUGUUUUUAAUGAUAAUAGCCAAGAUAGUAUGAAGGCUGAAAGCUCAGCAGUUGGCACUGAAGUUUUAGAUUCACCGUCGGAUCUUUCUGGCACUAUGUCCACCUGUUCAAAUGCUUCUUCUUGUUCAGUUUCAACUGUCUCAUCAGCAACCACCUAUAUUGCCCCACCGAGUUCUAGUUCGCGUCAGAAAAGCAUCACAAAGGCUGGGAGUAGCUCAGGUGGUAGCAGCAGCGGUGGGCGAUCUCGCAGCAAAAGUAAACACCACAACUCCUCUGUCAUCACGCCGUCUAAUGCCAAUACGGGAGUGUCGCAUUCUAAUUCAACCAUACAAUCCUCUAAAAAGGGUGCUUCCAAGAAAAGCUCUUCCAACCAUGUUAACAUCGGUAGCGUCAUCAACAGCAAUAACAACAACCACAACAACGCAAACUCAAUGUCAACAAUUGGAGGAGCAGCAUCCAUUUCUUGCGCCCUAUCGGCGAAAACUAAGGAACCAUCCGAAUCAAAAAUAAUAGCCAAAAUAGCGGUCAAUGAUGUGAUACCUAGCGGCCGCAAUUUAAAGAUACACACAACAACCACCAUUGGCAAUACUCCGGAAACAGUAAUGCAAACAUCUAAUAAUUUAUUUGGUUCAUCCACUUCUUCAUCUUCAUUAUCAUCGUCAUCGUCUUCCUCAUCGUCAUCAUCAUCGUCAAGCUCAUCAAAUUCGUCUUACUCUUUGCCACCGACACCUAAAAUGCCUACGUCAAAUCAAGAUUCAUUGAUGAUUGGCCAAAUGCCCAGCUUAGCAGCUCUAACAGAAUCAACGUAUUCACCAUUGGCUCUUAACAAUAAAGAGAAAUUAAAUGUUGUGACCAGCAACAGAAAUUCUUCCAUAAUUGAACAUUCUUCUGGAAAUAAGAAAAGGAAUAAAAUUCAAUCGCACUUUGGUCUCCACGAUGCUGUAGAAAACGCUUCAGUAGAUAUAAUGAAUCUUAAAGCCUCAUCCGCUCAAGCUACACAGAUGAUAACAGCGGAUCAACAGCAGCAUCGUCGUUUAAAUCAAUAUCAGGCACCAAUUAGUGAAUUGGAUCAAGCGGUGUCAUCAAUUACGGGUAUCAAAAUGGAACCAGUAGCGGCAGUCAACCAGGUCGAUUGCACUCUUUUAAACAAUGACAGCACAAAUGCCGCCACUUUGGAAAUACCACAAAGUACGAUCAACGAUGACGGUCACAUAAUGCAUAAUACAUCGGAUGACAGUGCCAUGUUAAAGCAUGUUCUGGAAGAGUUCAAUAUGCUUGAUAGUAAAUUAAUUAACGAAAUUCUUAAUGCUGAGACUGAUUUGAAUUUUGAUGUCAAUGACUUAAACGACAACACUGGUAGUAAUAAUCAUCAUCAACAGCAACAACAACAGGUCGCCGUUUAUCUCGAUCAGCCUGCUACAAAACGUAUGCGCUUUGAUGAAACGGUCCAUGUUGGACAACAACAAUUGCCUCAAGCGACGACAGAUGCACAAAACAUUUCAGCGGAGUUUACAAUGUUUUCUCAACAAAAUCAACAGCCGCAACAACAAUAUGCCCAGUAUGACAACUCGAACAUAACGUUGGGUGCGCAAUAUCAAACACCCAUUGAUGCCAUGCAAUUGCAACAACUAAUUUAUCAACAGCAGCAGCAGCAACAGCAGCAACAACAACAUGCACAACAUCAAAUAACGGCCAACGCUUACGAUAAUGUUGUGAGUGCCAUGAAUAUUGCAGCUAUACAGCAGAAUCCACAAUCGCAACAGCCGCAACAAAUGUACAACGCAAAUACCACUUUAAUGGACACCAAACAAAUAAUUGAGCUAUGUGGUGAAGGUUUAGCGAAUCAAUCCAAUACAGGUUUGGUUGCUAAUCUUCAAAAUAAGCUUAAACAAGAAGAUUACGUUACCCUGCCCGCUGAUGUUACGGCCCAAUUUCAAAUUUUUAAUGUUCCAUCUCUGACGGAUGAUGUCGACCCUCCUCAACCUGCUAUGGGCCAUCAUCAUCAUAUAGUUGAACGCCAAUAUAUGAUGCCUGCUCAUGACGAACAGGAACAAUUAAUAUACGAAAUAACAACGAACGAAGCGACAACUGUAAUGAGUCAACAACAUCAGCAACAAGUUAUAGCAGAAUUUCUCAAUCAAGCAGCAUCAACUUAUGAACAGCAACAACACCGUCAGACAGAAUCAAUAGUAGCUCCCAAGACUCCAACAUCUUGUGUAAAGACUGACACGUUUUGGGAUGAAUUAUUAGAUUUCGAUUACAACUUGGUGGAAAGCGUUAAGCCUUUAGGUAACGUCAACCCUCCAACAAUUAAAAACGAGCGGGAAUCAACAACGCCUGUUUUUAAAUAUCACGAAGACUUCUUUUUCAAUGUGUUCUUGUACGCGGGCAUACCGCGUCCUCUUGCCAUUAAUACAUUUGGUCUCAUCAAACUACCUCAGGGAGUUGCGGUCACUUUUCGCAAACAUUUACUUACCACUCGCAAAGCUAACAACAGCUUAACAGGCUUAGUAUCUCUAGCCACUGGAAGCUUGAAUGGUAUUGUAAGCCAAGGGUCGACGGGCCCAUCGUUGACAGGUGCCGCAGCCGGACGUUUCACCCAUUCCAAACUUCCGAUUUAUUUUGCAGCUUUAGCCAAUGCUAACAGUUGUGGUAGUAAUAGUAACACUGGCAACGAAUUCUCAAUAGGCAGUAUAACCAUUACGAACGCAUCAUCAAAUUCAAAUAAUCUGCAACACCAAAAUUGCAACAAUUCACAACAGCAGCAAAAACAAGAUAUAAAUGUGAGUUGGACCAAUGGUAGCACACCAGCGAUGCCGGCUAUGAUACGAAGUCGUACUAAAUCUGGUGGAGGUGCGGUAGCAGGCCCAUUUGGUAAUGCUUGUGGUAGCGGUUUGAAACACAAAUUUGGUCCUGGCUUCGCUACAGCAGCGCAUGUGAGCAUGGGCACGGUAGGUCCUCAGAAUGUAAAGACAAUCAUUGUGAGUGGAGCUGCGCUUACGUCAGAUCGUAAUUUGAAAUUCAUCAAACGCAGUCUUAUAUCUAAAAUAAAUAUUACUAAGACUCAACAACAAAAUUUAACAAAUACACAAAUUACUACAAAAAAAUUGUCAGAAAUCCUGAAUGGCAAGAGGCAAACAUUAGAGAUGGCUGUCAAUGAUCUGAUUACCGAAGACCACGCCGAACGUCAAUCGAAACUGAAUCGAAUAAGCAGCUUCUACGAAAGACGACGAAAGUUAGCGACAAGUGGUCGCCGCCACCAACACCAGCCACAACAAUGUAAGCCAUGUCAAACUUCUAACCUCCUUCAACAGCAACAGCCGCAAUCACAAAAGUUUCUAAAACACCAUGCACUCAUACGUAGCUUUCCCGAUUGCAGCGUUCACACUUCAUCCAACAUAACUACUCAUACAACCGCCGAUGCCAGUGUUAUGCGUGUUUAUAUUUAAUUCUUGUAUUUUUUUUUUUUUUUUUUUUUGUGAUUUGAGUACCAAUUCUAAUUAUUGUUUCAUUUAUAAAUAUUUGAAAAAAUGCUUUCUUGGAACAAGGCGUAUAGCUCAACCAGAAUAUGAUCCAGUGUCGUUCAAAUUAUUAUUGUCGAUUCUGAAUAUACAAGUUAAAAAUACAAAUUGAAAAACGACAUCAUCUUGGAUCACCUUGGUUAAGCCAUUUUGCCACAUUGUUCUGCAAGCAAAUCGCUUGAAUGCAACAACAAUAAACAGUAUUUGUAAUA